UCUCGGGUUUUCUCUCUCUUUCUUUCCCCCCUCGGCUGCUUUUCGGGAGACGGCCGGCUGUUUCUCGCUUCUUCUUCCCAGAUGAGCAGCGCGGGAGACGCUCAGGGGGGCCGCCGCUGAGGGGAAAGAGAGGCAAGGCAGAAGUCCCCAGAUCUUCUGCGGAGUAUGCGCGCCGGCAGCGGCAGCGGCAGACUCCCACCAUGAGAAGCAAAAUGCUGCUCCUCGCAGCACUCCAUGCUGUAUUCUUUGCUUCCAUACAAGUCAUGGCUCAAAAAAGGGAGAGAGUGGUCUGCACCAAUGUGUACCUGGCUGACAUUGUAUUCCUGGUAGAUGGAUCCUCUAGCAUUGGCAGGGGAAAUUUCCGCAUGAUCCGAUCCUUCAUGGAAGGACUGGUUCUUCCUUUUAUCAAUGUGGUGGGUGCGAACGGGGUACGUUAUGCAGCCGUGCAGUACAGUGAUGAUCCCAGGACUGAGUUCAAAUUCUCAGACUUUCUCAACGGAACGGAAGUGAUACGGGCUGUUCAAGAGAUAGCCUUCAAGGGUGGGAAUACUCGCACAGGAGCAGGCCUGCGUUACGUAGUAGAUAACUUAUUUGGAGCCAAUGAGCUCCGGCCUAAUGUUCCAAAGAUCUGUAUUCUCAUUACUGAUGGAAAGUCUCAGGAUGAAGUUGAGCAGACAGCCUUAAAACUGAAGAAUCAAGGCAUUAAAGUCUUUGCAGUGGGUAUCAAAAAUGCAGACCGAAAGGAGCUUGACCGAGUGGCUUCCACACCCACAGAAGAUUAUUCCUUCUAUGUCACUGAUUUUAAAAUCCUGGCAUCCCUCCUGCCACUGGUGUCCCAGAAGGUGUGUGCCAGCACAGGAGGCAUCCUCCAGACAAUAGGUGCCUACAAUGGUCCUUCCAACCUGGCUUUCAUGGAACAAGGAACAGACAUGCUAAGGAUCCGUUGGACAGCAGCUGGUGGUCCUGUAAUUGGAUAUAAAAUUCAAUAUGUACCUUUGACUGGCCUGGGGCAACAAAUCAUGUCAGAAAGGCAGGAGGUCAGUGUGGGAUCUGGUGAGACAAGCACUGUACUCCGUGGCUUGAAAAGUGGGACAGAUUACCUGGUCACUGUUAUAGCUCAGUAUGCCAACCGCAUUGGAGAAUCAGUUUCUGGCAAAGGACGGACACAGAUGCUGACUGGAGUGACAAAUUUUCGGGUGUUAGAAACUGGACCGUUUUUCCUGAGACUAUCCUGGGCAGCUGAUCGGAAUGAAGCCCUACAAGGCUACAGGCUCACUUAUGUGGCUAGAGGUGAAGCUCAAGCUCAAGAAGUGAAUCUUGAUGCCAGUUCUACUUCGUUCUUGCUCAGCAACCUUCGACCUAACACUGACUAUGUGAUAACAUUGUACCCAAUCUUCCCACAUCAUACAAUAGUGCCUGCUGUAGUUCAUAGCCGAACACUGAAUUUGGCAGGAUUGCAACAACUGAAUGCCCAGGACAUCUCCUCCCAAGGGAUGCUGGUGAUUUGGAGGGGUAUGAGUGGAGUUACUGCAUACCGUGUUACCUGGGAACUCCUCUCAGGUCAGGGUCGUCAAACAGCUGAUGUGGAUGCUAGCAUGAAUUCCUAUUUGUUAACAGGACUGCAGCCUAACACUGAUUAUCUAGUAUCUGUUGCACCACUCUAUGGACAGGUAGAAGGUCCCAAGGCCUCCAUUAGGAGGAGAACAGAAAUAGCCCAGAAUCUUAGGACUAUCGCUGUUGACCCAACAUCAAUUAAGGUUGCCUGGAAUAUCAUCCCUAAUGCUAGGGGGUAUCGUCUGGAGUGGAGAAAAGCAACAGGAGCAGAUUCUCUCAAAUCUGUCUCUCUUCCCACCAAUGAGAACAGCUACACUCUGAGUGGCCUCCAGCCAAGCACGGAAUAUCAUAUCACCCUCUACACUUUGUAUGAUGGAAAAGAAGUAGCAACCCCAGUUACUAUCUCAGAGACAGGGGUGGCACCUUCAGUGGGAACCAUCUCCAACUUGAGGAUCAUCGAGACUAUAGGAAACAGAGUCCGGCUAUCAUGGCUAGGAGUCCAAGGAGCCACAGGAUAUAAGAUUGUAGUACGCAAUAUGCAAGAUGGCACUGAGAGGGUCCGACAUAUCCCAGGCUCCCAGACCACAGAGAACUUAGUUGAUUUGAAAGAGAAUGUCUCCUACGUGGUUCGUGUCUCAGCUCUUAUUGGCAGCCGUGAGGGUGAUGCCGUUUCUCUCAACGUCGGAAUCCGACCACCAUUAGUGGACAGUGUAUCAAACCUGCGCAUGGUGCCAGUGGGACUGGGUCGUAUUCGGCUGCUGUGGAAUCCUGUUCCCAGGGCUACAGCUUAUAAACUGGUGAUUGUCAACACUCAGGAUCGAUCGGAGGAAACAAGAAGAAUCCCUGGAGACCAGAGUUUCUUUGAAUUGCAAGAUUUGAAGGAGGGCGUCACAUACUUAGUACAAAUAACAACACAGUUGGGCACCCAAGAAAGCAUUCCUGCCACCCUUACUUUUCAAGUUGAAGCUCCGUCUGUAGGUAGCAUCAGCAACUUAGAGGCAGCUCCAUCUGGGCCCAAUCAGUUGCGUGUUACCUGGAAUCGGGUUCCUGGAGCCACAGGCUAUAAAGUGAAAUGGCGAUUGAGAGAGGGUCAAGAGAUCUCUCGAGUCCUACCAGCUGAUAUAAACGCCUACACCAUUGAUGGUCUGAGGCCUGGAACUGUCUAUUUCAUUGAGGUUUCAGCCUUAGUUGGCAGCCGAGAAGGGAGAUCAGCUACCACCACAGUUACAACAGGCUUUGAGCCAGUGGGAACAGUCACCAGCCUCAGAGUCCUUGAGUCCAGGGGAAAUGUGGUACGCAUCUCUUGGGUUGGUGUCCCAGGUGCUACAGCAUAUCGAGUGGUGUGGAGCCAGCUUAGCGGUGGACCUGAGAGCAGCAAACUGGUCUUGGGAAAUGUUAAUUCCUUUGACUUAGAAAGCCUGGAAGGAGGAGUCAGCUACACUGUAAAAGUCACAGCACUGAUUGGGAAUCGUGAAGGAAAUCCCGUGUCUAUUACUGUCACAACACCGGCAAUCCCAGUUCAACCAGUUGGAAACCUGCGUGUGACUGACUCCUCACAAACCCAUAUUCAACUAGAAUGGAGCCCAGCGCGGGGGAGCACGGGCUAUCGGCUCACCUGGCGCCCUGCAGGUGGGCCUGAGAGGAGUCAGCUGUUGCCAGCCCAAAUUAACACCUAUGUCAUUGAAGAUCUGCAGCCAGGAGGGCGCUAUGACAUCCGCAUCACAAGUCUGACUGGCAACCGGGAGAGCGAAGCUGUGGCCAUUGUUGGCACCACUGCAGCUGUGGGCCGGGUGACCAAUUUCCAGGUGUCAGAUACUGAAAAGGAUUCUAUAACGUUAUCCUGGACUCCAGUUCCUGGGGCUUCUGGCUAUCAUCUCACAUGGAAAUCUCCAAGAGAGGGAGGAGAGGCACAAAGAACAUUGCCUGCAUCAGAAACAUCCCAUCAAGUGUCUGGGUUGCAUCUGGGGGAGCAAUACACCUUUAUGAUUCGCCCACUGUUUGGGAGUAUCUCCGGUGCUGAGGUUUCUAUUUCUGCCCAGACAGUCUGUCCAGAUGCCCAGCGUGAUGUCAUUUUUCUUAUACAUACAACUCGAGACAAAGCCUACAAUGCAGAGGCUGUGCAGAGCUUCCUUUCCAACAUUAUAUCCACUCUUCGUCCAGGCCGUGAAACUACCCGGGUGGGCAUUGCGAUGUACAGCUACCGAGGCCUCCCUUUAUUCCUGCUUAAUCGUUCCAAUGAUUUAGCAACUGUCCUGCAGCACAUUCGCUCACUGCGCUAUGAGGAGCGUAGUGGCAAUGCCAUUGGAGCAGCCAUUAAUUUUGUGAAGAGCUACAUGCUGAGCCCCACUGCAGGGCGAAGACCUGGCGUUCCAGGAACCUUGGUGAUAUUGGCAGAUGGGUCAUCCAGUGAUGAUGCCACUGGGCCGGCCAGGGAAAUCAAAGCUGCUGGAAUCCAGAUUCUAGCAGUGGGGAUGGAAGGAGCCGAUCGUGAGCAACUGCGUCGCCUUGUGACCAGUGAAGAAUCACGUAACGUUUUCUUUGUGCGAGACUCAAACAGUCUGUCAGAGGCGGAAGUGGGGCUUGCCAGUGCCCUCUGCGGACCAUCCAUCGGGCCUAGACCAGAGGACUGUACUGUGCAGUGCCCUAAGGGUGAGAAGGGUGAGCCAGGUGAGCCUGGACAGAGAGGACAAGUGGGAAAUCCUGGCCCUUCUGGAAAUCCGGGACGCAAUGGGAUCCCAGGUCCUCCAGGUCCAGUGGGGCCUCGGGGUCCCCCAGGUGACACUAUUGAGAGGCGAGGUGAAAAAGGAGAGAGGGGAUUUUCAGGAGCAGAUGGCGCGCCAGGGAAUCCUGGUCGUCCUGGCAGCCCAGGUUCUUCUGGUCAGCCGGGCAGCCCUGGCCUUCCUGGUCUCAGAGGAAACCAAGGAGAGCGUGGACUGACUGGCCCAAUUGGGCCAAGAGGAGAGAAAGGUGAGCCGGGGGAGCCUGGAAUACCAUUGAAUGGAGGAAGAGGACUUCCUGGCCUAAAGGGAGAGCCUGGAAAUCCAGGAAGCCCAGGAAUUCCAGGCCUCCGGGGUCUUAUAGGGAAUCCUGGACUACCAGGACCUCGUGGACCAGCAGGGCCUGCUGGCAUUUCUGUCAAGGGCGAGAAGGGCGACCGAGGUGAGCGAGGCCCUCCUGGAUCAGGUGAUGGGGGUGUGGUCAGAGGAGAACCUGGUGUUCCAGGUAUUCCUGGGGAUCCUGGGCCUAGGGGACCCCCUGGAACUCCAGGACAAAAAGGCGAUAAGGGAGAUGGAGAAGAAGGUUUUCCUGGACUUCCUGGACGUACUGGAGACCCUGGAGAUCGGGGCCCCAGAGGACCUCCAGGUGAACCUGGGAUCAAGGGAGACCGUGGACUGCCUGGUGCACUUGGGCCAUCAGGAGAGAAGGGAGACCGUGGAUUGCCUGGUCCUGAAGGAGAGAAGGGAGAACAAGGUCCUUCAGGCCGUCUUGGUCCACCUGGCAGAGAUGGCAUACAAGGACCAUCGGGGCCACGAGGAGAACAAGGAGAGAGAGGAGAACCUGGUAUACCCGGUCUGCCGGCAUCCAGCCUUUCUGGAAUUAAAGGAGACAAGGGAGAAAGAGGCAUUAUAGGACCUGAAGGUCCACCUGGACUUAAAGGAGAUGCUGGGGACAAAGGAGAACGUGGACCUCCUGGUCUUAGUGUCCCUGGCCCACCUGGCCCAAAAGGAGAACAAGGAGAAAAUGGAAUUACAGGACUGGCUGGCAAAACUGGCCCAAAGGGUGAUCCAGGAGAGCCAGGGGAGAGGGGAGAGUCAGGAAGAACAGGUCCCGCAGGACCAACUGGCCCACGAGGAAAAGAGGGUGAAAGAGGUGACAAAGGAGAGGAAGGAAUCUCUGGUGAACCAGGCCUGACUGGGAAACCUGGAGAAAAAGGUCCGCGGGGUCCUCCAGGCACUAGAGGCCUUCCUGGUGAGAAGGGAGACCAGGGAGACCCAGGUGAAGAUGGGAGAAAUGGCAGCCCUGGACCAUCAGGGUUGAAGGGUGAUCGAGGGAGUCCCGGAGAGCCAGGUCCUCCAGGCCAAACUGUUGGUGUGGGACCUGGAGAAGGAGGGCAAAAAGGUGAAAAGGGGGAGCCAGGAGACCCUGGAGAGGAUGGCAUGAAAGGAACAAAAGGAGAAGUUGGUUCACCUGGCCUGCCAGGAGAGAGGGGAAUUGAAGGUCCCAGAGGGGUCCCUGGAGUUCGUGGUGACCCUGGAGAACGAGGCCCAGUAGGAGAGAAGGGGGAUCGAGGUCCUCCAGGCCUGGAUGGUCGGAAUGGCAUGGAUGGAAAACCUGGACAAAUAGGCCCUUUAGGCCAAAGAGGUGAUCCAGGAAAGCAGGGUGACCCUGGUCGAGAUGGCUUGCAAGGUAAUCGUGGAGAGCAAGGUCCUCCUGGAGCAAUUGGCCCACCGGGAUCUCCAGGACCGCCUGGCAAAUCUGGUGAAGAUGGCAAACCUGGGCUGAAUGGGAGGAAUGGAGAAGAUGGGAUCUCGGGAGAAGAUGGGAGAAAGGGAGAGAAAGGCGAAUCUGGGACACCUGGCAAAGAAGGUCCUGAGGGUGUUAAAGGAGAGAGAGGAACAAGUGGGUCUCCAGGGCCUCCAGGACCAUCAGGUGUUCCCGGCAUGCCUGGACAAGUUGGUCCACCAGGCCAGAGCUUGCCCGGCCUCCCUGGAAUAUCAGGCCCCAAGGGAGACAGAGGAGAACCUGGAUUCAAAGGAGAGCAGGGGAGAAAUGGUGAACCUGGGCCACGUGGUGAACCCGGGACAGCAUCAAAUGUUGAACGUGCCCUAGAAGCACAUGGUAUUAAGAUUUCCCUACUUCGAGAGAUCACUGGUGCUUAUGACGGCAGCUCAGAUCAGCUACUACCUGUCCCUGACCGCCGGAGAGGACUGAAGGGUGAGAGAGGAGAGCCAGGAGACAGAGGGCCACCAGGGAAGGAGGGUCUCACAGGCUUUCCUGGGGAAAGAGGAGCAAAAGGAGAUAAAGGGAAUGAAGGACCACAAGGACCACCAGGACAUGCCAUUGGAGAGCCGGGGCCAAGAGGAACCCCUGGCCAACCAGGGGAGCCCGGGAAACCUGGAAUUCCAGGGCUGCCAGGCCGGGCAGGAGAACUUGGAGAAGCAGGGAGGACUGGAGAGAAAGGCGACAGAGGUGAUCAAGGUGCAAAAGGAGAACACGGUAGAGAUGGUCCACCAGGUCCUCCAGGCCCACCAGGACCCAAGGUAGAUUUAACAGUAGAAGGGAGCCUCUCUGGAAUUCUUGGGGAACGUGGACCUACAGGACCCAAGGGAAGCAAGGGAGACCCAGGAGAAGAUGGUGCAAAGGGCUCCAGAGGCGAUAAGGGUGAAGAUGGUCAAAAAGGGGAGAGAGGUGAAGCUGGUGAAAAGGGCAGGGAUGGCACUCCAGGACUUCCAGGAGAGAGGGGCCUUCCUGGGUUAGAAGGAAAAGCAGGUUUACAGGGAAUUAGAGGGCCCCCUGGCCCAGCUGUAAGUAACUUUUAUACCUAAGCUGCUGCAGCCCCUGAGUCCUUGACUGUGGUUGGCUUUCUCUGCCCACUCGCUUUCUUUUUAGCGCAAAAUGAACUGCUCUACCUUGCCGUUUUGUGAGGCCGUCCAAAGCUUGCUUCAGAGGUUGCUCUGGGUCUCACUAACUCUUUGGGUCUUUGCCUUGGAUCUUUGCAGGGCUUGCCAGGUUUCCCUGGAGUUCUGGGCAGACCGGUAGGUGCUCCUCUCCCCUUUCCCUCUCCUGUAUCUCACCCACAUCCCACCUUGCAUGUUAGCACAAUGCGUCUUCUUACUAAUCGUGGGGUUAGGAGGACGAGGUUGCAUUG